AUGAGUGCCUCUCCGAGCGGCUCAUCUGACCCCAAGUCACCGUCAGCAAGCAUGGUUCGUAAGACACACACCAAGAGUCGCAAAGGCUGUCAACAAUGCAAGCGACGACAUGUAAAGUGCGACGAGACCCAGCCCAGAUGUGCAGCGUGCUCAAGGCUAGACAUUGUAUGCACCUGGGCUGCACCGAAGACAUCGACAACAAGCCUAACACCUCCGCCAAGCACACCUGGAAGCGCUGCAGGUGCUCAGGCAGGCGCCUCGACCCCGGCCGGCCCUUGGGAGCUGGACAUGGAGUCACUCAAACUCUUGCACUUCUGGACAACGCACACCUCUUUUACUCCGGCAGUCAAAGCCGAACAGAUAAUCUACCAGACUGUCAUGGUCGAGCUCGGCUUCAAAUACCCCUUCCUUCUUCACGCCAUCCUUGCUGUAUCGGCAAUACACAAAGCUGUACUUGGGCCUGCCAACAACGAGGACCUCGUGUACCGCUCAACUUGCCACAUGGAUGUAGCAGUCAGCGAACUUCGAAGACAGAUCGCAUUCCCCGAUCCUGUCGCGUGCAGUGCAGUGUUUGGUUGCGCUGGCCUUGUGGUUAUGCACAGUCUUGGCUUGUGCCAAGCCAAUCCUCCAAAAGAUCCGCUAGGCGAGAUGUGCCACUGGAUCCGCCUUGUGCAUGGCUCCAAGGCAACAGUGCAGCAGAACUGGAUCAGACUGAUUACAUCCGACAUGGCGCCCAUCGUGUUCAGCGUAGACUGGAGCAAGACAUCUGGUGGAGACAUCCAGGAGAUCAUGGAUCUCGAGACCUUGAUCGGUCAGAUGUGCCCAAAGGAUUCGCCUGCUUAUGACGCUCAUUUCAAGGCUAUUGAGAGACUACAUGUUGUCUUCAAGAAUACUCACUACUAUCUGCGUUCUGGCGAGCUCAACUCAGUGGCCAUUACCAUGAGCUGGGUGGCAUGUCUGGAGGACACUUGGGUCAAUCUGGUGGAAGAAAGAGAUCCGGUGGCACUAAUCAUCGUCGCUCACUUCGCUGUCUUGAUGCGGCUUCACGAGAAGACCUGGUUCUGGAAAGGCUGGAGUCGCUGGACACUCGAUGCUAUCGUGACCCAGCUUCACGAGGACUAUCGACCCUGGAUCGCCUGGCCAAUACGACAACUACAGAAUGGCCUCGAACCGACUUCCGACAUGAACAGCCCCGUGGAUCGCUCUCAAACCGACACUGCUAUGACCUGA